AAACGGGCGAUAAAUCAAUAAAUCAAUGAUCGAUUAUUGAUAGGUAAGAAUAACACCGAUCACGCAAAAUAUCGAUCAAUCUAACGUUAAAAAAAGCUGACAGUGUUCGUCCGUCCUUCAGCUGAGGGACCCUCUUUGUCCCUCAGUGUGUGUGUGUUUGUGUGUGUUUGUGUGUGUGUGUGUGUGUGUGUGUGUGUGUGUGUGUGAUGGAAAUAAAAAAACGGGCUCCGCCUUACAUGUGUGCACGCGCUCAUAGCAAAGCUGGAUCCUCUUACGAGGUUGAUGACCAGCGUCGUAAGACCGUUUAGUGAGAACGCUGGCUACCACGCUGAGUUGAGGGAGGAGCUCCAAGGCGACCUCGCUAAGUUGAACUUGCUUCGUAGAAUCGGCCCCUGGUUUUGUUUUCAUUUUGGACGACCUGUGGCAGUAUUAUUGGUGCUUGCGCCCCCUGCUGGUCUGGAGCUGGAGGCACACUGACAAAUCUCCACGUGUGUAAAAAUCACUCGAUCUUCAGCAGCGACACGUCCAAUCUGAUGUUCACAGAUCACAUGAUCUAUACGUAUGGAUCGAUAAGCGCAGAUUUCUUUGACAUAUUUGUAGAUCUGGUUACACACACACACACACACACACACACACACACACACACACACACACACACAGUGAUGACCUCCUGAAUUAUCAUGUUUGUUUCUCUGUCGUUGUUUGUCUGCGGUUUGAUGAGUAUCAAAGGUUAAAAACUGAAGAUCGCUGCGAUGGUUCUAGUUCGGGUUCUAGUUCUAGUUCAGGUUCGGGUUCAUAACGUGACCUCUGAUCGUGGUUCUGGUUCCACAGACAGAUCCCAUCGAGUUUGUGGAGAACAUCUGUGAGAACAUGCAGCUGUUCCCCAAAGAGGACUUCCUGACCGGAGACCAGCUCAUGUUUGAGUACAACCCUCAGGUAAAGGUGACACACACACACACACACACACACACACACACACACACACACACACACACACACACACACACACACAGUGAGAUUAAAUUAUUUUAUUACCUAAAUAACAGUGUGUGUGUGUGUGUGUGUGUGUGUUUCAGGUGAUCGGUGCGGCUCUCUCCUUGUUGACUCCUGACAGAGCGAAUUUACUGCUUUUGUCACCAGAGAACGAAGGUCGCUGUCCGCUCAGAGAAAAAUGGUUUGGUACCUGCUACAACAUGGAAGGUACACAAACACACACACACACACACACACACACACACAAACACACACUCACUCACACACACACACACACACACACACACACACACACACACACACUGCUUAAAAAACUAGCAUUAUAACCCAGUUUCUGAAUCCAGACCUGGACCUCUCUCAGUUCUUGAAGAUCUUAUUGUCAUAAAUCUGUUGAUUAUUAAAUGUGAUCAUUUAAACAUUAGGAGGUAUUUUAGCUGAUAUUAACCCUCUAAUGUCUGUUUAUUUACCCACUCUCACAGUUUAGUCUGAUGUUGAUGAGAUGAUGAGACGUUCAGUGAACAGACUGAGUUCUGAGUUUGAGUUUUUUUUCACCUCAUGGUUUGCGUCACUUCCUCCAUCUGUUUUUAUUGUCGUAAAUAUUGUUUAGAGAAAGUGUGAAGCAGUGUCAGCUGUCAGUGAUAUUUAGUUAAACGGGGGUGUGUUUGUUUUGUGUCCUCAGAUAUCUCAGAGGAGUGGGCUCAGCGCUGGAGUGGAGACUCUGAACCCAACCCUGACCUCCACCUUCCUGCUGAGAACAAGUUUAUCGGUGUGAACAAACCCGAACAUCGUGAUUUUGACUGUUCGCUGUUUCUGAGACAGUUUAACACCUGUCUGCUCACCUGUGUGUUACAGCCACAGAGUUCCACCUGAAGACCUCCGACUGUCCCGACACCGAGUUUCCUGUGAGGAUCGUGAACAACGAGCGCGGAUGUUUGUGGUUCAAAAAGGACAACAAGUUCAAGAUCCCGAAAGGUGAGUCCAGCGGCCUGUCGCACAAAAACCAGGAGAAGGGAUGAAGCCGGGAUCUCUGGGUGACCCCGGCUGAACGUCGGGUUUGAAUACAGCGUCAUAAAAAAACACAUGAAGAAGAAAACCGUGUGUUUCUCUCUCUCACUCACUCACACGUCUUUGUGUUUCAGCUUAUAUUCGCUUUAACCUGAUCUCCCCGCUCAUCCAGAAGAGUCCAGAGAAGUAAGAGACUCCGAUCCUUUACCGUGACGAUGAUGAAGAAGAAUUCGUCUUUAACCCUUUAUUCUCUCUCUCUCUCAGUCUGGUUCUGUUUGACAUCUUUGUCAACAUCUUGGCUCAUAACCUGGCCGAGCCGGCGUACGAGGCCGACGUGGCUCAGCUGGAGUACAAGCUGGUGGCCGGAGAACACGGCCUGGUGAUCCGACUCAAAGGGUUCAACCACAAACUGCCGGUGAGGGGGUGAUCUAUAAAAACAGGGUUAUUAAGAUAAUUAUGUUUGAUAAUUACCCAGCUCUAAGUUCCUGUUCCUGCUGAUUCAGCUGCUGUUGAGGCUCAUCGUGGAUCACCUCGCCGAGUUCAAGACAGAGCCGAGCGUCUUCACCAUGUUCACCGAGCAGCUGAAGAAAACCUACUUUAACAUCCUGAUCAAACCCGAGAGGCUGGGCAAGUAUGUAACAAACACACACACACUAAAAUGCACAAAAAUACACACACACACACACACCUGAUGUGACCCGAUAGGCCGGACCGCUCUGUGUGUCAGAUCUCAUGGUCGACCUCACGUCUGUCUGCAGGGAUGUCCGUCUGCUGAUCUUGGAGCACUGCCGCUGGUCCGUCAUCCAGAAGUAUCGGGCCGUCAUGGAGGGUCUGACCGUGGACGACCUCCUGACCUUUGUGUCCGGCCUGAAGGCGGAGCUAUAUGCCGAGGGGCUGGUGCAGGGAAACUUCACCGCCACAGUGAGACGAAAUCAGACUUAGAGAUGUUUAAAUUCACAGUUCGUCUUGAUUUAGCAGCUUCACCAACAAAGUUCAUCCGUAUUUUUGUUCUUUAAUUCUCACAGGAGUCCAAAGAGUUUCUGCAGUACUUCACCGAGUGAGUACGCUGCUUCAUUUGAACACCGACACGCUUUAGAGUCAGCAUGAUUUUCUUAGGCACAGAUAGAAACCCGAACCCUGACCCUUACUCUGACCCCUGACCCUGACUCUGACCCCCACACUAACCCUAAUAACACUUCAGAUCAGACCCCGACUUUUCAAUGAUUGAAGGAUCUAAAAACUUAAAUCUUCAGAUGAUAAUAAUCAAACUUUGACACUUUAACAGAUGUGACGUUCAACACUGAGGCAGAGCUGUAAAACUCUGACAUCUUCACAUAAAGAGUUCAUACUGAGCAUGCUCAGUAUGAACUCUGACUCACAGAAUAAUGAACAUUCACUGAUCUCUGUCUGCAGUAAACUGCAGUUCCAGGCCCUGUCAGCAGAGGUCCCUGUUCUGUUCCAAGUGGUGGAGCUGCCUCAUAAACAUCAUCUCUGCAAAGUCAAGUCACUAAACAAAGGAGACGCCAACUCCGAGGUCACCGUCUACUUCCAGGUACGAUUUUCAGUCUUUAAGGUCCAAUUAAGAGAAAAAACAUUUGAAUCACAUUUCAUCUCUGAAUAUCAACACUCACUUAUUAUUGGUCACAUUUUAAUCACAUUGAACAAAUUUCCAUCAUUUGAAUAAAAUUUCUGGUCUGAAUUUUUGGAUGAAUGAAAGAAUCUCAAUCAGUUAAUCUUCAUUUAAUUUAAUCUUCAUUUAAUUUAAUCUUCAUUCAAAAAUGUUCUCAGCAGCAUUUUUACAAACAGAAGAGUUUCCGCCGACCGAUCAGUCCGUCUUUGUCUAACCCUGAACCCCUGAAACCCUGAAACCCUGAACCCCUAAAACCCUGAACCCCUGAAACCCUGAAACCCUGAAACCCUGAAACCCUGAACCCCUGAAACCCUGAACCCCUGAACCUUCUCGUUCUUCACUGACUCACUUAUUUUUUCAUGUGUUCAUGUUUUCAGUCCGGACUGAAGAAGCUGAGAGAGCACGCUCUGAUGGAGCUGAUGGUGGUGAGACUUUGAUGUCUGUGUGUGUGUGUGUGUGUGUGUGUGUGUGUGUGUGUGUGUGUGUGUGUCUGUCUGUCUGUGUGUGUGUGUGUGUAUAAAAAUGAGUUUUUAAUGUAAAAUCCGGUUAAAGAAGUUAACGAGGUUAACAGGAUGAAAUCUCUGAGAGUUGAAGAUGUUGGACGGUGGAAAACGUCGAUCAGUUUCUUCUUCUUUGGUCGUCUCUGGUUUUGGUCAUAAAGACAAAGUUAGAAAAUGGAGACAGAAACUUUUUUCAGUCAUGAUGGGAAACUGAAGCGGAGAUAUCGGUGAAGACUGAGAACAUCUGUAAGAGAACAUCUGUGAGUUCAGUCUCCAGAGUUUUACUGAAACGUAGUUAAAUCAGAACGACUCGGACUCCAGUUUGGAUCUACCUGAUGAACUCUCAGACGGUCGGACAGAGAUCAUAAAAGCGAGUCGAAGAAGAAAGGAGGAGGUCUGUAGUAACUCCUCACACAGGACUGUGAAGAAGGAGAAGUUCUCCUGUCAGGUAUUGGACUGUCAGCAGCUGAGGGAAGUCUCACAGGAGGAUGAGGUGGAGACUGAGGAAGGUGGAGGUUCGUCUCAGAACAAGGAUCAUCAUUUUAUAACAGCAUGAUGGACCAAAGGGUCAAAGGUCACGGACGGCUCGUCUGACUUCGCUGCAGGACGGAGAGAUUCAGAAGAUCUUUAUUUCCAACCAUCCGCCUGUUUCUUCUGUAGAUAAAAGACGAGACGUGAGAGUUCAGACAAAUAACAUUUAGGAAUAAAGUUCUUCUGUUGGAAAUGAUCUUAUAUAAAUAUCUAUACAGCUAUAUAUUAAUAAUAAUAAUAAUUAUUAUAAUAAUAAUAAUAAUAUAAAUAUCUAUACAGCUCUAAUAAUAAUAAUAAUAAUAAUUAUUAUUAUUAUUAUAUAAAUAUCUAUACAGCUCUAUAAUAAUAAUAAUUAUUAUAAUAAUAAUUAUAUAAAUAUCUAUACAGCUAUAUAGUAAUAAUAAUAAUAAUAAUUAUUAUAAUUAUAUAAAUAUCAAUACAGCUAUAUAAUAAUAAUUAUUAUUAUAAUAAUAAUUAUAUAAAUAUCAAUACAGCUAUAUAUUAAUAAUAAUAAUAAUAAAAAUAAUAAUUAUAUAAAUAUCUAUACAGCUAUAUAAUAAUAAUAAUAAUAAUAAUAAUUAUAAUUAUAUAAAUAUCUAUACAGCUAUAUAUUAAUAAUAAUAAUAAUUAUAAUAAUUAUAAUAAUAAUAAUAAUUAUAUAAAUAUCUAUACAGCUAUAUAUUAAUAAUAAUAAUAAUAAUAAUAAUAAUAAUAAUUAUAUAAAUAUCUAUACAGCUAUAUAUUAAUAAUAAUAAUAAUAAUAAUAAUAAUAAUAAUUAUAUAAAUAUCUAUACAGCUAUAUAUUAAUAAUAAUAAUAAUUAUAAUAAUAAUGAUAUAAAUAUCGACACAGCUAUAUAAUAAUAAUUAUAAUAAUUAUAAUAAUAAUUAUAUAAAUAUCAAUACAGCUAUAUAAUAAUAAUAAUUAAAUAUCUAUACAGCUAUAUAAUAAUAAUUAUAAUGAUAAUUAUAAUAAUAAUUAUAUAAAUAUUAAUACAGCUAUAUAAUAAUAAUAAUUAUAAUAAUAAUUAUAUAAAUAUCUAAACAGCUCCAUAAUAAUAAUAAUAAUAAUAAUUAAAUAUCUAUACAGCUCUAUAAAUAUAUCUUAUAUAAAUCUUUUAUUGUAAAUUCAAAGGAUCUUUAAAAACAAUUCGGUCAGUAACAGGAUGAAACGAUGGCAGCGAAUGUGAUUUAAAGACUCAGUUUGUCUAAUUCUUUUCUGUCUUCAUCAAAAGCCUCAUAAAUCAAAAACCUUUAGAGAAAAUCAGGCGUUCAUAUUUACGUAGUUCUCCACCUCUCUGUCUCUCAGAUGCACAUGGAGGAGCCGUGCUUCGACUUCCUGAGGACUAAAGAAACUCUGGGGUCAGUUUGAUCAUUUUUUAUUCAAAUCUUAAAACUUGAAUCCUGUUUGAAAAUAGUUCAACUUUUGUUCACAGACAGUGAAAUGGCAACAUGAAUAAUGAAAAGGACUGUUAGAAACGAGUGUGUUUAUGAACUUGGUCCAAAAUCUGCUUCAAUCAAACUUCUUUAAACUCCAUAAUUAUCAAACAUUUGAAUCAUCUGCUGUAAAAUCAAAAAGGACUCUGGUGAUCAGGAUGUGUCUCCUUCAGGUACCAGGUGUACCCCACCUGCAGGAACACCUCAGGGGUGCUGGGAUUCUCUGUCACCGUGGAAACACAGGCCACAAAGUUCAGGUGAGCUGACCUCCGUUGACCUUUGCUGCAGAUUCAUUCAGCUUUAUCUUUAUCCUUCCUUCUCUUUCUUCUCCGAUCUCGCAGCACAGAGUUUGUGGAGGCGAAGAUCGAGGAGUUCCUCAUCAGCUUCGGCCAGCGUUUGUCGACUCUGAGCGAGGAGGCGUUUACGACGCAGGUGAACGCUCUGAUCAAACUUAAAGAGUGUGAAGACGCGCAUCUGGGAGAGGAGGUCGACCGCAACUGGUUUGAGGUCGUCAAGCAGCAAUACGUCUUCAACCGUCUGAACAAGGAGGUACGACGACACGACCUCUGAACAUGUGACCUCAUUAUUCAUCAGAUUUCAUAUCGCACUUCAUCACAGACCCUCAGAGCUCUCUACAUCCGAUCAUUCAUUCAUUCAUUCAUUCAUUCAUUCAUUCAUGGUGGUUAACUACCUCAGUACUCACAGCUGAUCUGACAGAAACAUGGCGGCCAGUUUACGCCUCCAGCCUCUCAGACCACCACACACACACACACACACACACAGGAGCGGGGGGGGGGGGUAAAGGUCAUAUCUAAGGAACACAAUUAGUGCUGCAACAUACGAUUAUUUUUUUGUCGACUAAUCUAUCGACUACUCGUCCGAUUAAUCGCUCUCUUCUUUAUUUAUAAACGCCUCUUUCCGGGGUGUCGUCGGCGUUUCAGGUGCUCAUGCGUCGCCGUGGUGCCGCCAUGGUAGGACAGCUGAGCUUUGAUCGACGUGUUUUUUUGGUUUGUUCUCCGUAAAAUGUUCCCAAACUUUUGAAGUUUUGGGUCGGAGUUUUGGAGCGUCUUCUUCAGUUUGUUCUGCUGUCAUGUGUGCACUCUUCUUCUGUGUUUGCUCGCGGGAUGUAAACAGCGAGCGCUACCGCCCCCAGCACAUCCUGUAGUGCACUGCGGUUAUAGAUGAGCAUGAGGCGCCGGCGUGUGAUUCUUAACAACAAUAACACGACGUGUCGAUGCUUCGUUUUCGUGUCGAUGAAUUUGUCGUGUCGAUGUAAUCGAUUACGUCGACUAAUCGUUGCAGCUCCAAACACAACAGACCGACUCAGGAUAGGAGGGGAAUCGAACCGCCAACCUUCCAGUAUUAAAGAACCGCUCGACUUCCUGAGCUCCUGCCGCCCGUCAUUU